ACUGAAGUCAAGACGCGUCAGUUCACAGACGACCUCCGUUCCGUCGGAUGUGAGGAAAAUUUUUUGUCUGUAAAAUUAUCGGGUUCUCGUAUUGAGACUCGUAAUUUCGUGGUUUUUCGAGGAGUGAAUUUGUAAUCAUGAAAAGUGUAAGAAUGUGCGAAGUCGGCUAAAAUCAAUAAAAACAGGAAUAAGUCGAAGACAAUCUCGACGACGAGGAUGGCGUGCACGAAUAAUUGCCGUUUCUGAGCGUCGGCAUCGAAUAAGGAUCGAAGAAGGUCACGUCCGUGUGAGAAAGCGAGACAGAGUGAGCAGCAGGGAUGUCGCUGAAGCUUCGAACAAGAUCCGCCCAGCCGGCUUCAAGUGUUCAGCUUCGUCGCUCGAAAUUGACCAAGCUUUAAAACGAAUCUACGAAUAAAAAUAUAUUCCCUUAUAUAUAUAUAUAUAUAUAUUAUAUAUAAAAGAAAAACGGAUCGUUUGACGACACUACGAUUUAAUAAGAAAGAGAAGGGGAAAAACGGGAGAAAAAGAGGAGGAACGUGGAACUGCCUUUUUUUGUAGCAGAAUAGAAAACGUUAAGAGAUAUUUUGGUAAAGAGUAAACGUAAUUAGUGAAAAUAGUAGUCGGCUAGUUGCUGUCUGCGAAAGAGCCACGUUAAAUGAUCGCAUUUAGUGCACAAUUUCCGCUUUGCUCGCGUGCCCCGUGUACCGUGUACCACGUUCUCCGCUCGAAGAAAUCAUCGAGGAUUUUCAAGUAAGAAGCUGGAGAAUCGCGGACGUUCUCCGGUCCCAUUUUAUCCACGAGUAAGCGAGUCGCGGUCAAAGUGAAGUGUCUUGGUCUUAGUGAGAUGGCCUUCAUGAUGAAGAAGAAGAAGUACAAAUUCUCAGUGGAGGUGGACCUCGAGGAGCUCACCGCGGUGCCAUUUGUGAACGCAGUGCUGUUCGCCAAGCUCAGACUCCUCGACGGUGGAUCCUUCGUCGAUCAUUCGACCAGGGAGGAAGUACAAGAGCAUACAGUUAGAUGGAACGCUAAAUUUGAAUUUCUAUGCAAGAUGAGUGCCAAUGCGUCCACUGGUGUUCUUGACCCUUGCAUUUUAAGGAUAUCCGUGAGAAAGGAAUUGAAAGGAGGCAGGUCCUUCCAAAAGCUUGGCUUCACCGACCUGAACCUCGCCGAAUUUGCAGGAGCUGGACUCUGCAGAACGAGGUAUCUUCUAGAAGGAUACGACGCGAGACAUCGACAGGAUAAUUCCAUGUUACGCGUUGCCAUUAAAAUGAAUAUGCUCUCAGGAGAUAUUCUAUUUAAAGUACCGUCUCCAUCGUUGAAGCAAACACAGCUCGCAGUACCCGGUGUGCCAGGUGUUUCUGGUGUGACGACGGACGAAACUGUGUCUGAGAGGUGUACUAAUCGAGAAGACUUUGUAUCCAGUGGUUCCUUAGCUGGAAGCAUAGCUAGUGCCAGCAGUGGUUUCGGCAGUCUUCCUAAAAAAAGGCCUCCCCUCUUUUCCUCGGAACUUCUCAGUGGAACAGAAUCAUAUGAUCCAAUGACCCUGAGCGAGAUUGUACCAUCGGCUCUUCCAGUGGAAACUUUAGCUGAAGCGCACACAGAGUCGGGACAUUCUCGUAACAGUAGCAACACCAGUCAGUUAAGCAAAGGUUCCGGCUAUGGAUCUUUAAAUUCUCACAGUCAACACAGUAGGCAGAGCAGUAGUGGUGACAGUGGUCACAUUAGGUCACCCUCCUGGCCGGUAUGGGCUCCACGUAUUCCUAAUACCUCCCAAAAUUCUUCGACCCAACAACAGCCCGCAAAACCUGAGACUUCUCUCAAUAUCGAUUCCCCGACUUCGUCUUCCAUCCUGCGAAAUCCACGAAAUCGGUUCUGGUCUACGUCCAGCCCUGUUUCAUCGUGCGAAGAAAAAUCAGUGAGAAGUUCUUUGAGGUCUAGUAUAGCGGUUGUUCCACUAUCUAACGAUCAGAAUGAAACAAAUGAAAACGGAAUCGUUUCAAACGACACGUGUCGCGUUAACGAGGACGUCGAAAACGAGAUCGGCGUGUUCAAGAUACCUGCACGGCAAGACGUAACGCGAACGCGACAAUUGCGAAAGAAUUAUGAUAGACAUAGUUUUGAUUCGUCGAAUGAGCGUAACGUAGCGAAUUCGUCGAUGAAAAAUCGGAAUGGACAACAGAACAGCAUAGUCGCGCCGAUCGCGAAACCGAGAAUCGGUCACCCAAGUUGGAGAAAUAUUUCGAAAACCUGUGAUUGCAUCGAGAAAGGAAAUAUGAGCCCGGUUUUGCGAUUGGCCGACCAGGCCAGAGCCGUGUCCUCUCCCGAUCCUCUUCAUAGGCCCGAUAACCCCAGAGCCUCGCUACGUUCCGCGACGACCGCUCAGACCCUCAGAAAUCCCUCCAGUGGUUCGGGUCUCAGCGAAACAGGAUCUCUGGAUCGUGCAAAAGCCGCGCUGGAGCGCAGGAAAAAGGCCGAGGAUGGAACCGGAAAUUCGAUUUUGUGCAGAGUUGAAGUGACUAGGCCAAAUCCGGAUUCUUUGAUUGAUGAGCUGAUCAAAGCAACAAAUUUAGAGCAAACUGAUCUUGAGAGUUCUGAGACGACUGGACUUCAGCUGUUCAUUGCGAAAGACGGGACGACUGCACUCGGCAGUCACGAGAUCAAAAGUCAGAUGCCCGCGGGUGUGUUCAAGCAGGUGGUAAUGGAAGAGAAUAAUAGGUAACACGAAGCUAUCGGGACAAGAAGACAGUACGCAAGACAAGUCAGCGCCACGUUCUCGUUGGCCCUGGUGCCAGAGCUCGUCUACGAGGCCUACGAGCCCCGGUAGUUACGAGAUCAACGAUGCUGGACGAGGGAAUCGUCGAGAAGACGGUGAACACGGCGACGAAACACGAACGCCAUCUUUCAUCUCUCAAAAAAGAAAAAAAAAAAAGAAAAAAAA